AGAAUCUUCUCACACACCUGAGGGGCAUAACAGAUGCUGCAUCAUUCUAAAGUUCACAGUAACUCACAGGAAAUAGUGCUGCUCCAAGCCCCCAGCCGACUGCAGCGCCUCAGGCCGGAGGUCGGCGGCCGCUGCCGGCCCCGGGACGCCCCCGGCGGGCGGAGCGAAGGGGACGCGGGCCCGGCCCCGAAUGUCCGCGGGCCCCGGAUGGCAGCCCCGGCGAGAGGCUCCGCGCUGGGCCCGAACGGGGGCUCCGGGAAAGGCUCCGGCCCCGGCACAGCGGCCGAGGCCAUUUUCUGCCCGCCCGAGCAGGCGCACAGAGAACAUGGCGGCCUGAGGGGGGCGGGGAAUCGUGGGGGGCGGCAGGGACUGCGAGUUGGGAAAUUGUUCAUUUCUUACCCUGCUAGCGAGGCUGUUUGUCGUCUCUGUACUGCCCUGGACGUGGUUAGUGGUCCUCUGGAAUCAGCUUCCCAUAUGGAGAAGUUUGUCACUGCUCAAAGUUCAUGCACUAUUAUUUUCUGCCUGCCCACUGCUCUCCAGCUUAGACCAAGUCCAAGAAAACAGAACGAAUACAAUUUUGAAAAGUUACUUUGUAAUUUUGUCCCCAUAGGACUACUCUCCUUUCAAUACACAACAUAAGGGGAAAAAAAAAGUAUCUACAUUUAAUGUGUAUCCUCCAGAGAGCAAAAUACUUGGUGCUGCCAUAUUUCAUGUUUUCUAUGUAACAGCCUUCUUUUUGUGGCAAUAAAAUAAAAAAAAAGACCUAAAAUGGUUUCUAGUUUAGUGCAAUUUUAAAUUAUUACAGUUAUUUUAAAUUAUUUACAGUUCCUUUGCACUGUAGGAAAUUUCCCAGUAUGUCAUUCCUCCUGCAUGUAACAUUGAUGUAUUACACUAAAAUAUGUUAAGUCUGGAACAAGGGCUGGGGGCUUAAUGCAACAUUCCAUGAAGAAUACAGAAACUUUGUAUCCUCAAGCAGGUAUUGAUCAACUCUUCUCAUUAACAGCUCAGUAAUCUGUACCUGGCCUACUUUUGCCUUUCUCUUGCAGAUGAGCUCCCAUUAUUUUAAGAGGCCAAGUCUCAAAAGGGGAAAUAAUGGUCUGAAGCAGACUGCAAGUCAGCUGGACCUUAAGCCUCCCAAGGAUUACAAAGCAUAUGUGUGUAUGUGUGUAUAUAUGUAUAUAUAUGUGUGUGUACAUAUGUAUACAUAUAAGAAUGGGCUUUGCUAAGGUAUGUUCACUGAGUGGAAAGAGGACUAGGGGAAGAAGUCCAAAAUACCUCUCUUAUCUGUUCAACAUUAUGUGACCAAAGCCUUUUUGGCAGUGCUCUUUUUUGUGUUUACCCCCUAGUCUUUGUGCAAAAAAAAGUGAUGAAAAACAAGCUAUAGUAAAUCCAUGUUACCUAGUUUGAAUCAACAGCUAUGUAAGAACAGAAACACUUACUCUUUCAUAGCAAUAGUGUUGUACCAGAAGCAGAAGAAAUU